CUUUGCAUAAAUUGUCGAAGUCACUUCUGCCUGGCGUGGACCCUGGCGCAGGGGCGCAUGAUGCCUGAUCAGCAAACGCUCAAGAAGUCUGAACUCCAUGGGGGACGCGAAUCCCACCUCCCCAAGCUCGCAGCCGAAGCGGGCUCCCCUCUUUCGCAUCCCUUCCGCAGCUGAAGUUGCAGCGGCAAACCGACCAACGGCCCCUGCAAUCCUCUUCCGCCCGUCCUCUUCUGUUGCAAGCGCCUCUGCCCUUCCCCCUUCUCAAAGGCCGUCAUUCCCAGUUCAGCAGAACAGCCCCCCCUUUCCUGUCCAGCAAAACACACCCCCCUGGCCCGCCCAAAGGCCCCCCUUUCCCACCGCCCCCUCUGGUCAUCGACCCCCCUUCCCUCCUCCAAGCGCAAGCGCCCGCCCUUCCUCUUUUGCGGAAGCUUUCUCUUUUGCCCGCAAUGGAGAUUCAGGCGGUCAGCCCAUUCAGAGACCGGCCGGCGCUGCAAUCCAGGCGGCGGGGGUAAGGAUUCCCAGUGGAAACUUUCCCCCAGGGCUGGGUCCGACGCCCUCCACUAACAGACCUCCCAGUGGUGGUGGUGCGAAUGGGGUCAAUGCGAACGGGCUCAGGCCCACCUAUGCCGCAGGGCCGGUGCAGGCGCCAGCCAAUAAGAACGCCAUAGUUGCUAGCAACCGACAGCGCGGAAACCCGCUUCUAAAGCAUAUUCGAAAUGUCCGGUGGGUUCACGGUGACAUCGUGCCAGACUAUCUGCUCGGAGAAACAACAUGUGCCCUGUAUUUAAGCUUGCGGUAUCACCUGCUGCACCCGGACUACAUCUACUUCCGCAUCCGGGAACUGCAAAAGAACUACCGCCUCCGGGUGGUCCUGUGCCACGUGGAUGUGGAAGACGUCAUCAAGCCCUUACAUGAGGUGACCAAGAUCGCCCUGCUGCACGACUGUACACUAAUAUGUGCCUGGAGCAAUGAAGAGUGCGCGCGCUACUUAGAGACCAUCAAGAUGUACGAGAACAAGCCCGCAGACAAUAUCCAAGAGAGGACAGACCACGACUACCUGUCCAGGUUGACAGCGGCCCUGACGACGGUCCGCCAUGUAAAUAAGACCGAUACAGUGACCCUAGGAACCACCUUCGGCUCGCUCGCAAACCUGAUGGGUGCAUCGAUGGAAGAACUCGCGAAAUGUCCAGGGAUUGGAGAAAAGAAGGUAAAACGGCUUUACGACGCGUUUCACGAGCCGUUCCGGCGCGCCAAGCCCGUGCGCGUGGAUGCGCUGCUGGCGGGCGGAGCUUCGUCUGCCGGCAAUCUAGAGGCACGGGCCGUUGCGGCCGUCGGCACUGAGUCGGCGAGUGCCGUAAAGGCGGCGGUCAGGGGCCCCGUUGUAGCGAGCAUUAAGGCGACGUCAGCAAUGCCGGAGUCCGAGGGCCAAGACUCGGAGGGUGGAGAAGAUGCUUUGCAUAGGGGGGACGAUGACCUUGUAGAUAGUUAUGAUGACGACGAUGAGAUUGAGGAGAAUUUAGAGACGGACCUAGCCGAGUUUCUCGAGGCGCCGCCUCCGAGGCCAAAGCGCCAAAAGUUGGAGACGCGGAAGAAAGGGAGCGGGUCGGGCGGUGUGAAUACGCGAAGGGCGAGCACGUUAGCGGAGGUCGCGGGGCGGAGAUCAGAUGAUGCCGAAAAGACAGGAGUAGGGACUGACGAGGAGGAAAAAGUAGGCAGUGCUUAUCAGAACGAAGUCGAAGUUAUUUAAGGGUCUGAGCCGAUGUAACCUGCUACAGUGCGCAUUCAAUGUGGCCGUUCAUCCGUGCGCAGCGGCCUCUGCAUCUCCAUUUUACGUCGCUUCAGCA